GGGGCCUUCGGGGUCAGAAACGCCCAGAGGAUAGUGUGCGCCGCAGACUCAAAAGAAAGAUUGAACAGGGAUUUAUUCGCGAGUGACAGAGCAGGAGUUGGGACAUGGAUAGUCGCUUGCAGGAGAUUCGAGAGCGACAGAAGUUACGGCGACAGCUACUUGCUCAGCAGUUAGGAGCUGAAAGUGCUGAUAGCAUUGGUGCUGUGUUAAAUAGCAAAGAUGAACAAAGAGAAAUUGCUGAAACAAGAGAAACUUGCAGAGCAUCCUAUGAUACUUCUGCUCCAAAUGCAAAACGUAAGUAUCUGGAUGAAGGUGAGACAGAUGAAGACAAAGUAGAAGAAUACAAGGAUGAACUAGAAAUGCAACAGGAAGAAGAAAAUUUGCCAUAUGAAGAAGAGAUUUACAAAGAUUCUAGUACUUUUCUUAAGGGAACACAGAGCUUAAAUCCCCAUAAUGAUUACUGCCAACAUUUUGUAGACACUGGACAUCGACCUCAGAAUUUCAUCAGGGACGUAGGUUUAGCUGACAGAUUUGAAGAAUACCCAAAACUGAGGGAACUCAUUAGGCUAAAGGAUGAGUUAAUAGCUAAGUCUAACACUCCUCCUAUGUAUUUACAAGCAGAUAUUGAAGCAUUUGACAUCAGAGAACUAACACCCAAGUUUGAUGUGAUUCUUCUGGAACCUCCUUUAGAAGAAUAUUAUAGAGAGACUGGCAUCACUGCUAAUGAGAAGUGCUGGACUUGGGAUGAUGUAUGAUGAAACUUUCUACAUUGUAAUGAGUU